AUGGAAUUUGCCAAGUUGGGUCCCUCCGACCCAGGUGGCUCCUCACGCCGCUCCACCACUCCUCUUACCAAACCAACAUCAUCCCCCUCUUCAUCCUCCGGAACCACCAAAAAAAAACUCAUCACGCUCUCUCUUAUCGCCGCCGUCUUAAUCGUCGCCGCCGCCAUCUCCGCCGCUCUCGUUACCGUCGUCCGCUCCCGCGCCUCCGAUAACCAAAACGGGUCCAACCUUGCCCGCAAACCUACUCAGGCAAGACCCGAUUCAUUUUAUCACAGAAAAUUUUAA